CCAGGGUGUGGCGUAUUUACCUCGUAAUAAGCCAAAGUAAACAUUAAGCAACGUGCGCGAUGGCUAGCUGGAAGUUAAAAUUAAGUGAUUUAAAAAAAGCUCUCUCAUCGCCGCGACAACUUCCCUCCAAGCCGACGAAACUCGUUUUGUGUCCCCUCCUCGCAAGGACUUUUGCCACUUUGCCAAAGCCGCCUCUGUAGGAGUGGUCGGUCAUCCGGAGGUUGGGAGCGAUGAAAACGAUAAGUUUGAUCGGCCGAGCUUAGUAUCUGUUGGUGAUCGUUGGCAGAAAGAAGUGUUUUGCGGAACUUUGACGGCGAAAAAGCACGUGUCAGCAGCGGCGGCUAUCAAGAAAGUUUACGUAACCCACGGUGCACGUGUGAAAUUGGUUGGAAAAAUUACUGACCCACAGCCGCAGGGGGUCGCGAAGAAGAAGAAGAAAAAAAGCGAUAAAGCGCAGUGAAACAGUGAAGAAGGAAAAUUAAAAUCAUCAACCGGAAAGUAAGCCACUAGUGAGAAAACGAAAGUGAGAAGUGAGAAAAGAUUGGAAGGUCUAGUGAGUGGUGAAAAUGCGGGAAAACUUCUUCCUGCUGGUGGGGACGGCCUGCGUUCUGGUGGGCCUUCAGGUGGCCCGAUCGGAGCUCAGUGCGGACGAGGUUGAGUACGACGAGGAAGGCUUCUGGAUCGGACACGGGCUGGGCAGUAGGAAAGAGGGUGACGAAAUCCUCAAGAUCCUGUACAAAUCGGUGGGCCCGUUCAGCGAACCACAAAAUGUCACCCUGGUGGAAAAGUUCAACGCUGGCGACGGAGAAAGCAUCACUUUCACGCAGUUCAACUCCUCGAAGGUCCUCACAUACUUCCGCGAGGUGGUGCUGGACUUCAACCCGAAGAACUUCUACAUCAAGCUGAACCUGUACAACAUCACGAACCUGCGGCUACAGCGAACCGUGUACGGCCACCGAUCACCAAACGCGCUCAAGAGACGAUCGAAUCUCGUCUGAGGAAAAAAACGCCACUGAGUAGUUGUAUAGAUUUAGGGCAUCGCAGCUAAGACUAGCAAGUAGGCAACCCUAGAAGUAUUAUAAAACUGUUUAGCUGAUAGAUCGUCUAGAAGUUAAGUUUAAUCACCGAUAAUACCCCGUUUCAAACGCGAAGUAUUUUGCUAGGACUCACAAAACCAAAAAGAAGUAUGUUGAAACUUGAAUCGUUUGUAGUAUUUUAUAGAAGAAGAAAAGACGUCAACUUUAAGAAAGUUACUCGUUUGCAAGAUUGCACCAUCGUCCCCACAAUAACCGAUUGUACAAACUUAAGUUUAGCGCUCAAAAUCAACCCCAAUCCCCAAAUCAAAACCAUUGAAAAUAUCGAUUCGUUCAAAAAGAUACCUCAAACAUUACACAAUCACAGCCAAAAAAAUAAACGCAGGUCAUUGAGACUGUAAUCACACAACCCCCCCGACAGGAAUUUAUGUCAAACAAACAAACCGCAAAUCGUUAAAUACUCAGAAGUGAAAAAAUGGUGCUCGAACAUACGAACAGAAUUAAUAAAUGCAAAUAAACAAACACAAACAGACACAAAACGUAG